AUGUGGAAACUGCGGCCGGUCGUAGACAUUCUGCAGCAGCGCUUCCAGCCUGGCUGGACAUUGCCAGCAGUGUUUUCGUUCGAUGAAGGCGUGUUACCAGCAACAUGUCGGCGGAACACUACGCGGAUUUUAUGUCAGAUAAACCUCGUCGGUUUGAAGUCUAUGUUGGAGCGCGAGAAUCAACAGAAGGAGACUCCACCAGUAUCGACAACAAGACUGGUGUAG